UUUCUACCGUCAGUUAUUUCCCUCGAAUUCAUCCGCCCGAUUCGCGUUUCCCUUUAAUCACCAAGAAAAUCGAACUGCAGUGAACCAGUAACCAUGGCUUCCACUCUCCUUCGCACUACUCCCGCCAUCCGUGCGGCUCUGCGUACUCCGGCCGCAAAGCCAGCCGCCGCCCUGUUCGGCACCAGCUUUGUCCGUAGCAAGGCCACCCUGCCUGACCUUCCGUAUGACUACAGCGCCCUCGAGCCUUAUAUCUCGGGCAAGAUCAUGGAGCUGCACCACUCCAAGCACCACCAGACCUACGUCAACGGCCUCAACACAGCUCUCGAGACGGUCGAGGAGGCCAAGGAGAAAGGCGACUUCACCAAGGCUGCGGCCCAGGCGCCUCUCAUCAACUUCCAUGGCGGUGGCCACUUGAACCACAGCCUCUUCUGGGAAAACCUUGCCCCCGCCAGCAAGGAAGGCGGUGGUGAGCCUUCGGGAUCCCUAGCCGACGCCAUCAAGAGGGACUUUGGCUCUUUCGACACCUUCCGGAAGCAGACCAACACAGCCUUGGCCGGUAUCCAAGGCAGCGGCUGGGCGUGGCUCGUCCAGGACAAGACGAGCGGUACCAUCGGCCUCGUGACCCGCGCCAACCAGGACCCGGUCACCGGCAACCUGCAGCCCCUGCUCGGCAUCGACGCCUGGGAGCACGCCUACUACCUGCAGUACGAGAACCGCAAGGCGGAGUACUUUGAGGCCAUCUGGAACGUUAUCAACUGGAAGACGGUUGCGAGCCGGUUCGAGAAGUAAUUUUAUUUAAGAAGAAAGGCAAAUAGGUUCCGGUGUACGUUAGCUGAUGUCGUGGCACGGAUUUGGGGGUCGAGUUGUCUCACCUUUUGACUUGCCAAAAAUCGUUUUCUGUUGUGGGAGUUUAUAUCAUGAUGGGAAGUACGUACGUCCUAGGCCAUCUUAAUGAGCGCUACUUAACGUCG